AUGGAACAAUGUAUCAAACUUCUCAAACCAUUCGAAGAGAUUACCAACAUAACCAGCUCAGGUAUCUCCUGCAUCUCUGAAGUGAUUCCACAUGCAAUUACUUUAUUAAAAUAUCUGGGAAAGGCUGAGAGAAUACCAAAUUUAGUGACAGUGAGAUCUUCACUGCAAGCUGAGCUUGAAAAGCAAUUUAACUUUGAUGAAAAUAAAAAAUAUCUGGUCGCUACGUUUCUUGAUCCACGUUUCAAAACAAGUUUCCUCGGAUUGGUUCAAGCAGAAAGAGCAAGACAAAAAAUUCUUCUAGAAGCUCUGAAACUAAGUUGUAAUGAUGAAUCUAGUAGUACUGAUGAAGAUUCUUCUCCACUUCGUAAGAAAAGAAACUUGAAUGAAAAUGAUAAGACAUUUGAAAUACAAGACAGUUUCUGGAACUGCUUUGAGUAA